AUGGAGAGUACGGUAGAUCGAUUGACAAAGGUUCUUAUUGCACAGUACUUGGCCAGAAAUGGGUACGACGGCUCAUUAUCUAAUUUUUUAAAAGAAACAUCAUUGCCUAGAUCAGUAACGGAUGAGAAUGAUGUGUACGAGCCUUUAGAAAAGAUCGUCGCUGAGAGAAUCGAGUUCAAUGAACACGCCGUCUCAACGAAACUCGAAGAGCUCAGUAUAAACAACAAACUUGCUCCGUUGGACUCGAAAUUUUUUGUUCCAAGCUGGGACUCAACCCGCAAAUUCGAACCAUUGCCACACAUAGCGCAACCCAACAGCUUGGCCAUCGAGAUCAGCUUCGACCACACCGGGGCAAUACUAGCGGCCACUGCCGGAAGGGAGAUCGCACUGUACAACUCGAAUCUCCAAUUGGUGAAACAAGUUGGGACAGGCGGUGGCAUAGUCAAGAAAUGCGGUACCAUACCUUCACUCAAGGGCGUUACAUAUUAUUAUGCGUGCCAAGCUGAUGGAUCUCUCAUUAUUUAUGACAAAGAAUUGGAAGUUAUUGCAAAGCACAAGCUUCAUCGACGUAUUAUUACUCAUAUCGAGUUCUUUAUUUUGAAUGACAGUACACUACUCUGUUUCAGCUGCGGUCUAGACAACUACAUCAAGCUUCACAAGAUCAUUUUAGCCACACAAAGUGUUGAAUGUUGCGAUGAGGUGAAGCUCAUUUCAACUUGCACAUCUUUUCAAUUGUCUCAAACAGAGAAAUCCGAACCCAUACUAUUCGUGAGCAGAAUGGACUUCACGCAAGUCAUGGUACUUACCGUAAGCAGAAACCGCUUCUUAGAAAAAUGCAGAAUAGCCUUAAACAGCGCUCAAUUCAGCACGCACUCUUUCAAUGUUUGGAACUUGAUCGUGUUUAAUCUCAAACCAUCAUCAUCAAAAGAAACAAAUUCCCAUCUAAUCAUGCUUAGGGAUGAUACAAUGCUUGCAGUGGCAACUUCUCAUACUCCUUAUAUGCGGUUGAUUCUUGUAGAAGUACCGCCUUUCUGCUCAUGUCCCGCUGAAGAUCUCAGAUCUGACUUUCCAAAGGAAGUAGAUGCUACUGGCAGUUUAUCCAAUCCUGGAGUUAAAACAUAUUUUGACAAAAUACUACGGAAUAUUGCAACUACGAUUCAACAAGAUUCAUUCUCACAACCAGUAUUGAAGGCUUUUACAGUUGCAAGGGGACUUUUGCUGGGUGGAGAUCAUGGAGUGUGGGCUAUCGAUAUAUCUAACGGUGACACAUGGCAAUUGCUACCAGUCGAUGAUAGAGUAAAGACAAUGGAUGUCGAAGACGAGAGAAUUGCAAUCUCCUUCGCUAAUAAAGAACUCCAAGUUUGGCAGUGUAAAUAA